ACAGCUGACAUAUCGAGGCUGUGUUUUCGUUCUCCCCCCGACCACCACCAGACUGAAAUAUCUGUGUGGAAAAAUAUUAAAAACAAUUACAAAUAGUGAACUUACCUCGUUGGUGGAACGUGCGCCGCAACAAUAUGGCUGCCAUAGUACUGACUAGGAACAUGCAGCUGGCAAAGCACCAUAGCAGCGGUGUUGUCGGCGUACUGUGCAUGCGCGGCUAUGCUGCCGCAGCACCAGAUGCAGACGUGCCACGUCCACUGAAGACAACUAAUCUGUCGGCAAUGAAGCGCGGUACCGGUGGACGCAGCAGUUUCAAUGGCAUUGUGGCCACUGUGUUCGGAGCCACCGGCUUUGUGGGACGUUAUGUGUGCAAUAAGCUGGGCAAGCAGGGCACUCAAUUGAUAUUGCCUUAUCGUGGCGAUGAUUCCGAAGUGAUUCGCUUGAAGGUUGUCGGUGAUUUGGGUCAAGUGCUCUUCCAUUUUUACAAUUUGGAGGAUCCACGCUCAAUUCGCGAGGCCGUCAAACACUCGAAUGUUGUCAUCAAUCUGGUUGGACGUGACUAUGAGACGAAGAACUUCAAAUUCAAGGAUGUGAAUGUGAAUGGUGCUGCACGUUUGGCCAGCAUUUGCCGUGAUGCAGGAGUGGAGCGCUUUAUCCAUGUGUCCUCACUGAAUGUGGAAGCAAACCCCAAACCGGUUUACGUGUCUGGCGGCAGCCAAUGGCUGAAGACCAAAUACGAGGGUGAGCUGCAGGUGCGCGAUGCCUUCCCCAAUGCCACAAUCAUUCGGCCAGCCGAUAUCUAUGGCUCCGAGGAUCGCUUCUUGCGCUACUACGCACACAUCUGGCGUCGUCAGUUCCGCUCCAUGCCGCUGUGGCGCAACGGAGAGGCAACUGUGAAACAGCCUGUCUUUGUUUCUGAUGUGGCACAGGCUAUUGUCAAUGCCGCUAAGGAUCCCGACAGUGCUGGUCGCAUCUAUCAGGCUGUGGGUCCUAAGCGUUAUCAGCUGAGCGAACUCGUCGAUUGGUUCCAUCGUCUGAUGCGUAAGGAUCAGAAACGUUGGGGUUACCAGCGCUACGAUUUGCGUUACGAUCCCACCUUCAUGCUCAAGGUGAAGUUCACUAAUCUGAUCUGUCCAGGAGCCCCAAUUGGUGGUCUGUCUGUGGAUCGUGUGGAGCGUGAAUACAUCACCGAUAAGGUGCUGCCUGGUGUGCCGACGCUGGAGGAUUUGGGUGUGCAGCUAACGAAUAUGGAGGAUCAAGUGCCAUGGGAGUUGCGUCCAUAUCGUGCUGCCUUGUACUACGAUGCGGAAUUGGGUGAAUUUGAGACGCCGCCGCCACCAAAAACGAUUGAAUCGCGCGACGAGCAGCGUUUGUUUGCCUAAACGAUGUUGUUGCUAUUUGUGGGAACUUCUUAGUGCGUUUAUCACUUUAAAUAAAAUGUCUGAUAAUUAAAACAACAACAAAA